GAUCUGUGUAAGCCGAGUUGUCUCCCCUGAAGGACCGAUGUCAGGACAAUGGGAGGACUAAUCGAGGCCUUGACAGGGAUGCUGAUUGGCUGAGGUCACGUCACGUGGUCUACGUGAAGUGAGGAUCACGUCAGCGACCCACGUAACGUGGCAUGGCCACAUCGGUUGAGAAAUGGAUGUGGGUGUUUAGAGCCGGGGUUGGGUUCAUCCUGCUGGCAGGGUUGCUGUUCUUCAUAGGGUUCGCCACAACCCACUGGCUGAGCGCGAGCAACGUGAACGUGGGGUUGUGGGAGGUGUGUGUGGGAUCCACCUGCAGCAAGGUGUACUCCGACCUGCCAGGGUAUCACGUGGCCACCCAAGCCUUCCAGAUCAUGGCCGUCAUCGUGUACCUGUCGUCUCCCAUCCUGCACUUCUUCGUCUACUGCAGCCGGAAGGACAAGACCAACGGGUACCUGGCCAGAAUCUUUGACCUCGGCUUUAGCAUCGGAGUCGGCUUCCACUUCAUCAGCGUGAUGGUGUUUGGUCUAAAAACUCCCGACCCAGGCAGCCUCUCCUGGUCCUUCAACAUGUCAGCUGCAGCCGUCGCCAUCGCCUUCAUCGGCAUCAUCCUCGUCAUCGUCUCCAGGGACAAGGCCCUGAAGAACUUCGGCUUCUUCCCCAAGGACGUCGCCCAGCGGAGGGUAGGGUCCCAGCAGACCAGCGGCACCGGCACGCCCGUGUCUACCAGCAGCCGAGCCCGGGGGGACACGCCCGCCACACUCAACAGAAGCCAGAACAUUUUCGGCCCGGCGGAGCGACGCCCGCCACCGCCGGCACCGUUUACAACAACAGCAUCAGCCACACCCCCUGCGGCGUACGGUCAAGGUCAUAACCCACCGAUCUUUGUCCAAAGUCGUGGGAGUCUUCCGCUCCCUGGCCCGGCCUACCCUCCUCCCGUGGAGUACCCUCCUCCCGUGGCGUACCCACCUCCCGUGGCGUACCCACCCUCCACGUCUCACUCACCUGGGGAUCUGCGCCCCCUUAGAGGAGCCAUCAGGCCCACAGCGCCGCCCAUGGACAGGUGCGAACCCCCUUAUGUUGAGAGCCCACCUCCCUCGUACUCCGAGGCCGUAAGAUUUUCAACUCUUCAAAACCAGGAGCACUAAAUUGUGACAGAGAACUGACGUGCAGGGGGAGUAGAGUGUCUCAGGGAACAGACCUGAUUUUAAAGGAACUUGACGAAAUGUGACAACUAGAGCUCUCGUAGAUAACGCUAUCAGAACUUUUCUGCUGAUGAGUUCAAAGGUCGUUAGUGUGCGUUUGGUGUAUGUUUGUGUUCGGUGUGUAUGUGUGUAUGCAGAAAUGUUUUAAAUUGAAAAAUCUCUCCUACGACGACCUCUCUUAAACA